CCCUUUUCUGUCUUCAGUGUCGAGCUACCUCAGGUUUGGAUCUGCUGCAUCAUCCACUUACCCCGUUCGACAUGUUUAUAUCUAACGUCUCGUUUUAGGUAGUUCACGAUAUCGCACCCGGUGGUUGAACAGGCAGACCGUUGCCUCUUGCUCUCAUCAUGUCUGCUGCAGGUGACAGGACCUUCGCGGAAAGGAAAAGAGCCCGAUAUAUGGAAAAGAGCAAGAGCACUGAAGAACAGUUCGCUAGAAGAGACACAUUGACGCUUCCUCGCCGGAAGCUCUCUGCGCCCAGCCAUGCCACCGACCGCCCCGUGGUGCACGCCAGUGUCAUCGUACCAGGGCGUGGCUCCCCUGCCGAUAAUAAAGGUAAAGCCACGAACACUCAAAGUGGCAUUCCGCGGUCGGGGCGUGGCUCACCCACCGAUGUUAGAGGUAAGGCUAAGCACAGCCAGACUGGCAUCCCAACGCCGGGUCGUGCUCGCUCGAAUAGCCGGGCGCGUCCCGUUGCGUCCGAGCAGAGCGCGAACCCCGCGCACGCGUUGCCUGGUCUGCGUAACCAAUUCCCAAUUGAAAGAUGCUACCGAUGUAAGCAUGCGCUUGAUGAUGAUCAGAUCGUGCGCAUCAACUACACAGGCGGCAAGCCCGUCGUCACGCGCUGGCAUUCUUCUUGCCAGAUUGGGCUCAUUGCCGAGGAGGUACUGAAACUUGUUCUCCAGGACAAUGCGCCCAAGGGUGAAGAUGAGGUGAAAGACCUCGUGGAGAAGGUCGCCACCAUGCUCCAUAUAUGUCAUUUCGACGGCUUGGAGAGCUCUGAGUGA